AUGGAAGGUUUGCCAGCUCCGCUUCGUUCUGGAACGCCGGUAGCCCUUUCAUCGACAGUUCGCCGGCAGCCAGCCGUUCAGAGGUUCAGCCGCAGCCAGUGGUUUGAAUGCUGGUCCUUGGGCUGUACACACGUGAGGGCUUUCGCCUUGCUUGGAGCAUUCCUGCGACAGCGGAGCAGAACAAGAGCCAGCCCGACUUGUGAAUUGCACUGGCUGCAGGAGAGAUCUCCUUGCCUGACCCUGGAGCAAGAAGAAGCUCUUCAUCUUAUGAUGUCGGAGGACUUCAACUUCCGACAGCUAACAAGCAGGGAGAACAAAGCAUUUCGCCAGAAAGUCUGCAAGACCACCGGGUUAAAGCCAGAUGACGUAAGCGAUUUGUUCAUCCACAGCCUUCGGCGAAACGUCCAAAUUGAAGCCGCUGCACGAUUUGCUUGGCGAUUAAAAGACAAAGGUUUGCUGUCUACGGUGGAGAAGGAGAAGAAAGUUGCAAAGGAUUCGGAUUCACUAGCAUUGCCAAGGCUUUCUCAAGAGCUUUGCCUGCCUCCCUCGGUGAUUCUUAAGAGGAUGCUACAAUCCGAAGAUUUGCCCAAGAACAUGAAGCCUCAAACAGUCUUGCGGGCGUUGCAAGAUGAUUUCUCUUCAAUAGCAGAAGCUCGAAAGCUCUUGGUGAAGAAGGUUCCAGCCUGCGAUUCAAUGAGCGAUUGGAUGCUGAGGGGAGUUCGUUUGGGUUUGUGA